CAGAUAUCUAAUGAUAAUUUGACGGGUAUACCAAAAUCCGUUAUACAGCUUCAAGACAAAAUUUUAUAUCCUACUAGGCUUUUUUUACAAAACAUGUUCAGCUCACAGCAUCAAAUAGACAAAUCUCGAAUGCUACAUAAAACACAAGAACGAGUUCUGAAAUCAACACAAUUUUUUUGUAAUAUCAAUGGCACUAGAUCUGAAACGAGGCCAACAUCUGUACAUGAAUUAAGACCCGGUGACUUAGAUGUAAUCGGCAGUGUCGGGGAUUCAUUGACAGUUGGGACGGGAAGUUUUUCGUAUUUUUUACCACAAUUAGUCGUCGAUCAUCGUGGAACAUCAUGGACAGCUGGUGGAAAAGGUACAUGGAGAGAAUUUUUAACUUUACCAAAUAUCUUGAAAGUCUUUAAUCCUAAAUUGAUUGGGUAUGCGUAUGACGAUGCAUUGGCUGAACAGCGUUUUUCUCAAUUUAACGUAGCUGAAGUCGGUGCACUUAGUAGAGACCUACCAUUUAUGACAAGAGAAUUGGUGAAAAGAAUCAAAAUGGAUAAGAGAGUUAAUAUAACCGAAGACUGGAAAUUAGUAACAAUGAUGAUGAGUUCAAAUACAUUUUGCUUAGAGUUAUGUUACGAAGAUUAUACUACGUAUGCUGAAAAACAUAGACAAGAAGUUUUAAAUGCAUUACUGUAUAUAAAAGAAAAUUUGCCUCGAACUAUAGUCAACUUUGUUUUAAGUCCAAAUUUAGAAAUUUUACUAAAUUUCACAAAUUUGCCGGGAAUUUGUUUUUAUACUCACAUYUUAGAGUGUCCAUGUUUAUAUUCGACACAGUAUAAACAUAAAUUGUCAGAUUAUAUAAAAGUAAUGAAACAGUUUCAAGAAGUGGAGAAAGAAAUAAUGGAAAAUGAAGAAAUGAAGAAUAAAGAUGAUUUUACAGUUGUUCUUCAAACAUUUUCAGAAAAYCUGAAAUUUCCAUUAAAUCGACUUAAUACCACAGAUACAACGUAUUUGGCAAGUGAUUGUUUCCAUUUUAGUCAAAAAGGUUAUGCCAGAGAUAAAGAAAAAGAUUAA